UUGGACCUGUUUUGGAUAUGACGUUGUUUUAUAAUUAUUUGUUGUCAACACUGUUGCUAUAUAUGUCUAUCACUUGUUAUCCCUUGGUUCAUUCAUAUCGGUUAUUGCCAAGGGAUUCAUUUAGCCAGGUUCCCGUUCGGCAGUGGUCGCUUUAUGGCAAGAAUCGUUACGCUGCUCAUGUAAAGCGUUUACGUCGUCAGCGUCAUUUUUUUGUUCGCCGUCGUGAGCAGGAUAAUUUAAAGGAGCCAUUUGAGUUGGAAAAUGCUGUUACAGCUCAGCGUAUCAUGUUAUUCACUAUUUUUGGUAAACCCUUAUCCCAGGCCUUAGGUGAUGGUGGUGUGAUACCAUUUAUAACUGAGGUUAGAGACCGUAUUGCUCAUGUGCGUGAGUAUUACGGCUUAGGUUCAAAUCGAAAUCAGGUUGUUGACGAUUUAUGUUUUAAGGUGGCUAAUAAUCCUCAUAAGCCUCGUGGAAUGUUCAGGGGUUGUGUACCUGUUGCUGAGACUUCAUUUUACCGUGACCCUGAGGUGCUUCCUGAGGAGCGUGCUUUUAACAAGGCUGCUGACUAUCAUGAGGGCAUGCCUCCAAUAAUUCCUGAUUUGGAUGACCAUGAGCGUGAGAAUCGUUUUUACAGUGGCCUUCAGAGUGAGGUGUUAUUCAAGCACCUCCCUAAGGAGUUGGUCAAGGAAAUGAGUGCCAUGGAGAUCGAUGCUAAGAGGGGUAUCAUUGACCCUGUUAAGUUGAAAAACAAAAGGAGGCGUGAUAAGAGUGGUACCAGCCCCUUUAAAUUAGGUGACAUUCAAUUCACCAAGCGCAGUUAGUGCGGAGUUGCAC